UUGUUGCCAAGCAACGACCUGAUCGUCUAUAGCCAACACAACCCUCUCCGUCACUUCCGGCACUGACGGACAUUUUGAACAGGAACAAAAUGGUGACAUCUUGGAUAAUAACAUUUCUUUUAUUCUAUAUACAAGACCUCGUCCUGGGUCUUGGCGAAGAGUCAUGCUUCUCCAAGAUAAAGGGACAUUCCUACAACUGUGAGUAUGGCUGCUGCGGCAGCACCAACGACCAGAAAUGUUGUGACCCACUUUCCAUGAUAGUCGGCAUCGGCAUCGGGUGCGUCAUCCUUGUUGCCACCAUCAUUGCAAUCAUCGUCUGCUGCAUCAAACAGCAGACACGCAACAGGCGCCGUCUCCAGCCCAGACAGAACGAACAGGUCAACAUUGUGUCACAAGCGAAAGGCCCACCCGCCUACCCGGGACACCCCUACGCAGAUUACUACAGUGACGGCUACAAGGGACCGAUUCCACGCCCACCCCCGGGGUACCAGCCUAACCCCAACUACCCCCCUCCGAUGUACGUCCCCCCAGAACAACAGCUUCUCUAUGGCGCCCAGGGAGGGAAGGUCCAGCCCCUUGCUGAUUCGGGGGUGACCCCUCCACCUCCCUACACUUCAAACUGAAGCCCCAGAUCACCAUCUUCGACCAACGUAAACAACAAAACGUAAACAACAAAAUGUGAACUGGAUGUUUCGGAUUUCAGAAUUUAACGAUUUGUAGGAGAUGAUGGAUUUUUGUCACGAUUUAUCUUUCAUGGCAUUCGAGAAUAAAAUCUUUGAAAACUCAAAAAUGUAAAUAAUUUAAAAUGCCCAUUUAUCAUUAGUCUGGACAAUGAGUUAAAUGACUUCAUGUUAGAAGUUUUUUAAAACCUGACAUUGAACCUACCUAUAUAAAAAUUUUAAAAAACAUCGAAAACUAAAACAAAUUUAAUAUCCUUUCAGACAAAUUGCUGAUUAUUUAAACUGCUGUAUUGGGAAACUACUUAUAUUUCAGGUGUCUUUGCCUACCGGGGCCUUCAGAUGUAUAUUUUUAUGAGAUUAUGUACAUUUUUCUUGCUUUUAUAUAGUAUAAUUAUGUGUUUAUCCUUUUGUAUAUAUGAUACAUUGUUUGUGAACCUUUUUUUCAAAUGUGACUUGAAAACUGCUGUUUUGUAUGUUCUAAAACUUUCAUUCAACUUUCAGUAGUAUGUCGUGACUUUCAAAUGUGACCAUGUACAAUUUCACUUAAACGUUUCCUGUAAUAAUGACCGUACCCCGAGACAAUAGUGUGAUAGGCCAUCCAGAUGAUUUUGAUCUCAUUUCUGCUAUGUUGAAUUCUCGGCAUUCGAUCUAGACCGGGCGAAUCGAAGCUGAUCAAUUAUUUAUAUUCAAACUGACAAUUGCAUGUAUUGAUCCUUCCUUUGGAACGAAACAUUUGAUCUAUAUUUCUACCGAGAAAUCUACAUGCUUUGUUAAAGAGAGUGUGUAUACAGCCAUGCGAUGAUGGCCAGUAUAAAAGAAACCAAUAGAAAGCGUGUGUUGAUAUUGCGAGUUUAUAUCCCGGAACCCGUCUCGUGAUCACGUAUAUCCGGAGAUCAGGAUUGGCUGCUUUGUGCUUCGCCGUCGGGCGGAACAAAGGAUCAACGAUCAAUCUAUACCCCAAUUACCAUCCGGUAUAUCAACUUGUGGAAUAUUUUAAUUGGGAAGUUGAAUUCAGGAAUAUAAAACAUUGUGAUACAGUAAAUGGUCGACUGCUAGGUUUAGGUAGGGGUCGAUAUUUGAAAAUAUUUAUUUGAAAAAUAUCAUCUGUUUCCGAAUAUGAUGGAACAUUUUACCCCGAAAGUAAACCGGACAUGUUGGAUGUUCUAAAUUAAAAAAUUGUGUGGCUCCUAAUUUCAAAUACAAAAAUGUAUGCUAAGCAGCAUUGACAGAAAAUAUAAUCUGUCUCCAGCGAAAAUCCUAGUCCCAGUGGUCUGUCUCUGAGCUUAAUUGAAACUGCUUGGAUCACUAUGGGAAUGAGGUGAGGGUGGAUGAGAAGAUGGCGUUGGUAUUUAGCUGGUAUCGGGUGAUGAAUUGGUAAAUUCAGGAAUAGAGUUUGGUUGUAAGGGCCGUUCCAGAAUUAUGAAAACGGGUAUCAAAAUUAGAAUUUUAGAAUGUAUUUCUUAGUUUGGGUGGAAAAAUAUUUAAUGUAUUUUAAUUUCAUUUGAGUAUUUAUUGGACAUGCUCCCUCGGCCUCACAAAGGCAGGGGACUGAUCACCGAACACCAGCACUCGAGUAACCAUCAGGGAGCCAGUAUGUCGACCACAAGGCCAUGAAAAUGUGGACAAAGUUCUCAGAUGAUCGAUGGGGCAACGUCCACUUGUUUCCAUACAUAUACUCGAUACAACAUCCACGGGUGUAUUUGAACGAAAGGCUUUAUUCUUUUCCGAUUAGGUCUCUAGAUAUUUACAAAUAAUACCCCCAUGUUACACCACCUCGCCGACCACGACGUCUCUACUGCUGAUACUGUGUAUAUGGUAUUUACUGUCAUUUUCUGUGUGCAUUGGUGGAUUUACAACUUGCAAUGUGAACAAAUAUUCUGUGAUAUUUAUAAACAUUUGAAUCGUGUUUACUGUCAUAUUAUUUUUGUGAUUAACUUAGAGAACUGUGUAACAUGUGUGUGUGUUUAAUAUUUAGCAACAUAUGUACGUGUAUUAGAGUUAAUGAUGCUGACAUAAGUCACACAACAUCGAUACAUAUAUUGAACUAAAAUCUAUUAUAUUGAACAUAAAUCUAUGAUAUUUAAAUAAUACGCCACAUUAUAAAAUAUUAAUGAAACAAAUACUAAGUUAAUGUUUUUUCAUUUUCGAUAAUUCGGGAUAUUAUAUCCACAUUCUAUGAUAAUAGAGUGGAGAUAUACUACUCAAAAGAAGUUAAGAACCAUCCUAUUCUUUCAUGUUAUUACAGUUAAUCUGUCAUGGUAUGACAGUGACGAUGCUGCCAUGCUGGCUUGACAGGUUGACUGUAGUACUAUGAAAGAAUCCGGUGGUUCUUAACAUGUUUUAGUAGUAUAUAUUACCCUGGAUAAUCGGGGAGGGUUGAAAGAUAAACGAAAUAAGUACUAUGUUGAGACCUAUUUGGAACUGCUAAACGAUUGGUCCAAUCAAUGAAAUGCAAUUCAAUUAGAUAUUAGUGUGUGUCCGACGAUCGUUUACAGAACGUGUAUAUUGUAUAGCAUUUUGAAUUAAAUAUCUUCUUCAUUCAAUUCUAUUUCAACUGAUUUUCCACAUAGUAGAUAUAGACAACCUCCACACCCAAAGUCCCGUGUCUCUCUCGUCAUCUUCAUCGGCAUCUUCUUUAUCGUUCUUGGAGAGACACACAUGUAGAACUAGCGACAUUGCUGUGGUGAGUGUCACUAUCUACUUGUUCUUCAUCCGAAGUUUGUCAAACGAAAGUUCCCGAAAAGUAUUGCUUGAUUAUACUGAUACAUAUUUUACCUUUGAUUUAAGUUCAUUACUCCUUUUCAGGAGAACGCUGAUUGGCCAGUAACUCCGAAACCUUCCAUGGCGCACAGACAAAUUAAUAAAUACAAAUUACUUGAAUAAUUCUGAAAGUUUGUCAGUUCGACUUUUAAAAAUGAUAUGUCCGUAACUAUUCAACUGUCAGUUAAACCCAGUAACAUUUUCUUAUUGCGUAUCAGAAGUGCCUUCCUAUAAUAACAGUACUUUGGGACAAAGACGGUCCAGUGCAUGGUCUGGGGCGCGGCAUCACGCUGUGCAGAGUUGCGUCCCUUAUCCAGGCCGUGAUCCGCUGAUCGUGGGUUUGAAUCCCAGAUUUGUCCCGAUUUUGAUCAUGUCGGAACCAUGAAUUUUCCUCGCACUAGACGACAUGACGAAAGAACGGAAUUAGCGAGACUUCUCUGUCUGCUUUGCUAAAAACCGCCCUGAUGGUGCUGGAAUAUUGUCCAAAGCGGCGUAAAACAUCACUCACUCACCCAUUUGCCAGUUUACGUAUGUUAGAUACUGUAAGGCCCACCAAUGUUUUACAUCUACAUGAAUCUAUAUGUACAUCUGUCCUUGUGGGAUAUACAGUGAAACAUAUCUUACCAAUAUCAGAAAACCAUUCAUCUGGUACUAAAAGAAUAUAAAUAACAAUAACAUUAAGUUAAUCUGCUUCUUCGGCUGUUUUCGUGUUGGACUUUAGACUCCAUGGACUUGUACAGAAAUCUCGUAUUAAAACUUCACUUUCAACA